UUACUAGCUUUUAAAUCGUAAUCAAUCGUUAUAAACUUUAUCUUUGACGAAAAGUAAAUUUUCCUUAUCGUUCGAGAGGUUCGGAAAAAGCAAAAAUAGUUUCCUGCGUUUCCUGCCUUGACAGUGAAAAGUCGAAAGACCCUUGCGGCAACAAUUAUUUUGUAAUAGUUUUCAAUCUUCCGUGAAAGUCUACAAAUGUCAAAACCUUCAUAAGGAAUUUGUGUGUCGGAGAAGGCAAAAGUGGGAGAACAAGAAAGGGCCUUUGUAGGCGAAAACAAGUUUUUUUUGGACAGAGAAAAAAAUUUCUGAAUUAUGGAUGUAUCCGAGACGCUCAAAGAAAGUAAUUCACUUACCGAAAAAAUGGAUUUAUUUAGUUCAUGUUUACUGAAUCAAUUAAAAACAUUGCCUCGAGAUCCCAGUUUGAUUCUCCGACCUCUAAACACGAAUGACUAUGGAAAAGGUUUCACUCAACUUUUGAGCCAACUUACGGAAGUCGGAUCGAUAGGAGAAGAUCAAUUUAUCAGUAGAUUUGCAAAAAUGAAAAAUUCCGGUGGUUAUUAUGUAAUUGUGAUAGAAGAUCGAAAUAUUGGAAAAAUUAUAGGCAGCGCUACUUUAGUAAUUGAACAGAAAUUCAUUCACAAUUGCGGUUUGCGUGGUCGAUUGGAGGACGUCGUUGUAAAUUCCACGUAUCGGGGACAACAAUUGGGGAAAAUUCUCGUGAUGGCGGUGACACAACUCUCACGGCAACUGAAAUGUUACAAAUUAUCGCUCGAUUGUAAAGACAAAUUGAUUCCAUUCUACGAAAGUUUAGGAUUCGUACUCGAACCUGGAAAUGGAAAUCAAAUGAACGCACGAUUCAAUCAAACUGAACAAUCACAUUUAUGAUUGUGCAGUAGUUCGCUAAUUUUUCCACUUAUAAUUUAACAGAAAUUAUUUAUACCAGAAAAUUAAAAAAACUUUUGUUUUAAUACAUAUUUUUUAAAAAUUACUUUUUAAAAUCAAUUUCAAAUCAAUUCUAAAUCAAUUUCAAAUUGUAGAUGAAUAGAAUUUAAAAACAAAUUUUUAUAAAAAAGUUUGAAAUCUCACUUUGUUAAUUUUUAAAAAUCAUUUAAAAUAUUUUUCUUAUAUCAUUCCAAUCUCAUUCGAGAAUAAAGACUUUCGAAAACGAACGAUUUCAAGAAAUGUAUAUUUUCAAGAAUAAAAUUUUAAAAAGGA